AUCACUAUUCGAAUCCGAGUCCGAAUUUUCUGAACAUCCACUUUUCAAAUCAGAUCGGAAAAAAUCUUGAUCGAAUAAUGGAUAUCGAAUAUUAAAUUUCAGGUCUGCACAACAUACAGUAAUAUUUGUUUUUUUUAUAAUAUCACAAUACAUUAUAAGUUAUUGGACUCUUAUAAUUAACUAGGAAAAUUGGUUGACAAAAAAAAAGGAAAAUUAGCUAUAUUUAGUAAAAGUUAUUGCAUGCGUUGAUUUUUUAAUAAUACUCCAACUUAUGAAAAAUCUAAAAUAAUCUUUAGGAAUAGAUGCAGCUCACAUAUGCAUUUUUCGAAUAUUUGAAAUUUUGAAUGACCGUACAUUAAGUAAUAAAUUCGUAUCCACUGACUAUACGAUAGAGUAUGUUGAGAUCCUGUUACUAGAUUGUCAUCGAGUAGUUUGGACUAAUUUAUUUUCAGUUCAGUAUGAUCAUCAUAUGGGCAAUUGACAAAAACUACACUAAAGCAAUAGUAUCAGAUUACAAAAUAUCACUAUACCUUGCCUAGAAAAAAAGUUAGUCUACCAAAUAAUUACUAUGUAGUAAUUAUCAUAUAUUUUUGUUUAUACAUACAUGAAAUUAACAUAGGUUAUUCAUGAAAACAAAGUCGCUGACAAUACAACUAAAAUCCAGAUCCAACACUUUUGGAUAAAGUAAUAUACCGAUGUGGUUUCUAUUAUUCGUUCGUGCUCAUCUCUUCCGGUACAUUCAGUAUGAUCUCAUUGAAACAACGUGGCAGUAUUCAAGAACACGAGCCAACACGUUUCAUUUUCUCAUGCAGAUGAAAGAAAAACUAAUAAUUUAGUAAACAGCGACGUUUGUCUAUUUCAUGUCGUUAAGAGAAACAGUGAGAAUCUUGAUUCUUGAAUCCCUCAAACAAAAAUUGUGAGAAAACCAAACAAUGGAAGAAGUAGACAUAGAACUCAAGAUUCCUGACCCGUUACGAGCCGAUUGGUUCAUGAUUCUUGUCGACAUCCAAGCCGAUCUCAUCUACAACGCACUCGUGGUCUUAACCUCACCACUCUUCCUCAUCUACCGCUCAUACCGCCGCGCAGCAGCUGCCAUCUCCGUAGCAGAAAAUACGGUUAAACGUGCUCCAUCAAGGAUCAAGGGUGGUGCCGCGAGGGUUGUUAGGAGGACGUGGUUUGGUGUAAUGGGCGCAUGCCACGUGUCGGCGAUAAUGGUGGCGGCUAUGAUUUUGGCGGUUGUGUUAGGUGUCGGGAUUGUGAGUUUGUAUGUAGAAAAGCCUGUGGUUGUGAGAGAAAGAUUGUUUUUCGAUUACACUGAAGAUAACCCAAGUGCGGUUUUUAGUUUGGGCAAGAAGAAGAGACCGUUUGGUGUUCCCCUUGGACAUAAGGUUCAUGUCUCUUUAGUUCUCUGGAUGCCUGAAUCUGAUCUCAACCGACGAAUCGGAUUAUUUCAGUUAAAAGUAGAGCUUCUAUCACUGAAAGGCGAGAUAAUAGCAAGAUCAAGCCAACCUUGCAUGUUACGGUUCAGAAGCCAACCCAUAAGACUUGCACGAACAUUCGUGAUGAGUGUUCCACUUGUUGCCGGAAUAGCAAACGAAGCACAAACAAUGAGAAUAGAUGCGUUAAUGCACCAAGAGAAAGGGACAAGAACAAAAACCGUGAGGGUGACUCUGAUUCCACGUGCACAGACUCGGUUAUUGCCUCAGUUAUAUGAAGCUGAGAUUGUCAUAAAUUCGAAACCUCCAUGGACUAAACGAAUGGCUUAUAAUUGGAAAUGGACUCUUUGCGUCUGGACUUCAAUGUAUCUUUUUGUCCCUAUCCUAAUCGCUCUUCUAUGGUGUUUUAGACCGUUCUUGUUCCCUUACGUUAUUUCAAGAACCGUUGUGGAAGACCAAAACACAGAGAUCAGAGUAGUCCAAGAGGAAGUAGCGGGAAGAAGAUUGAGGGAAAGAAGAAACAAGCCUCGUCGACGAAAUUUCACCACGACGCAGGAAAUUUAUAUAUUGUAAUAAAAUUAUUUGUGUGUGUGUGUGUGUUUUUUCUCUGCAGAAUCAAAUUCUCCCUGUAAUAAACCGGUAAUAACAAGAACUAUAGAUAGUAAAAUUGACCAAGCGUUGAGAAAUUUUGUUAAGACUAUUAGUUGCGCUUUAUCUCCAUACUUUAGUUUUUUAUUUAUUUUUAAAUCACUAAAUUUUACUAGUCAUGUGUACUUUUAUUUUUAAAAGUUAAAGUAUACAUUAAGUUUCUAUUAA